CGACCUUUGACCGCACCAUUCACCUGCAGCUUCGGUAGAUUCGAUCCUAGCGCCCCGAUACCGAAACGCCCUCUACAACUCUCGGUCGACUUCCUCUGGUCCGCAGCUCGACUCGGACUGCUCGACUUUGCGAUUGAGAGUGCCAGUCUCGUCCGUGGAGAAGUCUAGCCCUUCAGUCCAUACAAGUCCGACCUUUCAAGUCCAUCGACGCACAAAUCUCGAGUUCCAAAUCCCCUCGCCGCGACUCAGCCACCAUGGCCGAGCAGCGAUCGGGUGAGAACGCCAAAGAUGCGACUCAAAGCUUCUCCAAGGAAGAACAGAACCCACUGGGAACUGACACGAACGACAAGUCCAAGCCGGGUAUCACGUUCGCCGCGCAGGAUAAGCUGCCGAAGCUUCCCAUCCCGGAUCUGGAGCAGACUUGCAAGAGGUACUUGGCCUCUCUCGAUCCUCUGCAGACUGCCCGCGAGCAUCAUGAUAGUGAGAGGGCUAUCAACGAGUUCCUUGAGGGGGAAGGUCCUGAGCUACAGGCUAAGCUCAAGGCGUAUUCGGAGGGAAAGACCAGCUAUAUCGAGCAGUUUUGGUACGACUCUUACCUCAACUUCGACAAUCCGGUCGUGCUCAAUUUGAACCCCUUCUUCUUGCUCGAAGAUGAUCCCACCCCAGCUCGUAACAACCAAGUCACUCGUGCUGCCUCUCUGGCUACCUCAGCCUUAUCUUUCGUUCGUGCUGUCCGCAAGGAAGAACUCCCACCAGACAUGAUCCGAGGCACGCCCAUGGACAUGUACCAAUACUCUCGCAUCUUUGGUACAGCUCGCAUCCCAACCGAAAGCGGCUGUCAUAUCGGACAGGAUCCCGGUGCCAAGCAUAUUGUAGUUCUCUGCCGCGGACAAUUCUACUGGUUCGAUGUACUCGACGACAACCACGACCUCAUCAUGACCGAGAAGGAUCUCAGUCUGAACUUGCAAGUCAUCAACAAUGACGCCGAGCAGAUCCCAAUCGGGGAAGCGGCCAAAGGAGCCGUCGGUGUCCUCAGCACUGAAAACCGCAAAAUUUGGUCCAGCUUGCGCGAGCUCAUUAGUAAGGACGAGGGCUCCAACAACAGCGACUGUCUCAACAUCGUCGACUCUGCCUUGUUCAUCCUCUGUCUGGACUACACCGAGCCCACUGCCAGCGCCGAUCUCUGCAUGAACAUGCUCUGCGGUACAUCCGAAAUCGAACGUGGCGUCCAAGUCGGCACCUGCACCAACCGCUGGUACGACAAACUCCAAAUCAUCGUCUGCAAAAACGGCAGUGCAGGAAUCAACUUCGAACACACCGGUGUCGACGGCCACACCGUCCUCCGCUUCGCCUCGGACAUCUACACCGAUACGAUCCUCCGCUUCGCCCGCACAAUCAACGGCCAAGCCCCCUCCCUCUGGGCCUCCUCCUCCCCGGACCCUUCCAAACGCGACCCCGCCUCCUUCGGCGACGUCUCCACCACCCCCCACAAACUCGAAUGGGACAUGGUCCCCGAACUCGCGACCGCGGUCCGCUUCGCCGAAACCCGCCUCGCCGACCUGAUCCAACAAAACGAAUUCCGCACCCUCGAAUUCGAACAUUACGGCAAAAACUUCAUCACCUCGAUGGGUUUCUCCCCCGACGCAUUCGUCCAAAUGGCAUUCCAAGCCGCUUACUACGGCAUGUACGGCCGCAUCGAAUCCGUCUACGAACCCGCCAUGACCAAAACCUUCUUCCACGGCCGGACCGAAGCCAUUCGUCCGGUAACCCAAGAGUCCGUCGACUUCAUGCGCACUUUCUGGGCGGAAAACCCACCCGCCAAAAAAAUCGACGCCCUCAAAAAAGCCUGCGAGAAACACUCCGCUUUGACAAAAGAGUGCGCCAAAGCCCAAGGCCACGACCGCCACCUGUACGCCUUGAUGUCCCUCUGGCAACGCCAAAUCGACGGCGACCCGGAAGUCAGUUCCUCCACCCUCCCCAGCGGCACCGCGUCCCCCACCUCGGACGAAGAACACUCCGUCAACCCCUCCAACCGCUCCUCCUCCCCCGCCUCCCCUCACCGCACUGCGCACCCGACCCUGCCCCCCAUCUUCGCCGACCCGGGCUGGGACAAAAUCAACAACACCAUCCUCUCGACGUCCAACUGCGGCAAUCCUUCCCUCCGACACUUCGGUUUCGGUCCCACUUCCGGGGAAGGGUUCGGGAUUGGGUAUAUUAUCAAAGACGGGAGUGUGAGUAUCUGUGCGAGUAGUAAACAUCGCCAGACGAAGAGGUAUAUCGAUGCGUUGGAGAGUUACUUUUUGGAGGUGAGGAAGUUGUUGAAGAUGACAGCGAGGAAGGGGACGUUUGGGCAGGAGAAGGGUGCUAGUCGGGCGAGGGAGGUGGAGGAACAGAGGCCGAAGGCGAAUCGGGUUAAGAGUAGGGGACGGGUGGAAGAUGAAGCGGCGGGUAAUGGAUUCUUCGACGCAGGCAUGCUCGCCAAAGCGCUCAAGUCCAAAGACGAAGAUAACGAGCAGAGGCCCAGUGAGAGGGUUGCGCAGAGGAGGGAGGUGGGGAAGAGGUUGAGGUUGAUGGAGUAUUGA